AUGAAUACCAUCCAGUGGACCAUCAACACCAUGCUUCCCGUACGACGCGUUUAUUACAUAAAGCAGUACCUGAAGGCACUUCGACUUAUCUCUAGCACGGAGGAGAGAGAUUGUACUCGUUUUGUCAAUCAAAACCUCGGUGCAGAUGGCAUUUUCAUCCUCCACAUCGUUUCCAAGAUCGCCAGUGAUCUGAUAGCUUUGGAUGUCACUGCUACUCUAUGGAAGAACUAUCGACAAGCCAAGAUUACUGGAACAGAAGAGGAUGUCAACAGACUGCUAGAGACAGUUAAUCGGGGCUCAAGCGCUGUAUAG